AUGGCGGACGAGGACUUCGAGAUUGAUGUCUAUGGUGACGCGAACGACGCGAAUGACAACAACACCAAUGUGGAUGCCGAUGACUCUAGACUCGAUGAUCCCAAUAAUCAUGCUUAUGAAAACAACUCUUCUAUAACCAUUGCCAACGGUUCUAAUCCCGAAUCUACCGCACACACCCACAACGACGAUUACGACAACGAUCAGCAGAAUAUGGAUACCCAAAGUAACGGCGCGACAGCCACCCAGUCAUACCAGCAAGGUGUGAAGCGUAAGGAGACGUCAGACAAUAGACCUAUCGAUCCAGGUGCUACCAGCGCCUUACUGCUCUCAGAACUUCAAUGGUGGACUACAGAUGACGAGAUCCGCGGUUGGAUUCGACAGGCUUCCUGCGAGGACGAACUGAAGGACAUCACAUUCAGCGAACACAAAGUCAAUGGCAAGAGCAAAGGCCAAGCAUAUAUCGAAUUUGCCUCCCAACAAGCUGCCACUGCUGCCAAGCGCCAGAUAGAGAAUGCCGCUGCCACGUCCACUCAACCUGGGGGCAAGAAGGUCACAGUCAUAUACACAUCGCAUACGAACAAUCCGUUCAAGACUUUACCGAAGGAUGCGCCUGCUAGAGCUAACAAGGACGGACAAACUCGAGGAGGCUCGAACGUAGGAGGAUACAACGACCGUGGCAACUUCAGAGGACGUGGUAACUUUGGGGGUCCCCGUGGAGGAUUCAACCGCAACUUCAACGGCAAUAUGGGAGGUGGCUUCCACAACAACAAUGUCCCUAGCGGCUUCAAUAACAAUAUGGGCGGAGGAAACUUUGGUUUCAACAAUAUGGGUGGCGGUGGUGGCGGCGGCGGCGGUAACUUUGGUUUCCGUGGUGGCAUGAUGCCCGGAGGAGGUAUGGGCGGAGGAAUGCGUGGUGGAGGCAUGCGCGGUGGACGUGGUGGAAUGAACCCUGGUAUGAACGCCGGUAUGAAUAACGGUAUGAUGGGUGGAAUGGGCGGAAUGGGUAUGCCCAUGAUGGGUUUCCAGCAACCGGCACAUUUCAACCCGGCCUUCUUCAGCGGCAACCAGCAGCAGUCCGACUGGCAGAACCCCCACGGAGCCAAACGGCCGCGCGAAAACUAA